AUGGCUCCUACGGCUGAUGAAACGACGACUUCUGCACCUGCAGGACACGUCCACGAAAGGGACACAGUUGUUAGCGAUACCGAGGCCCACGAAAGGGGUGCGGGGACGGACGAAAGGAUCCUCACAAUGCUGGCUGCGCUCACGGAUCGCAUGCAAGCGCUCGAGGCGUCACAGAUGCAGAUCGAAGAGGACGAGUGA